GGAGCGCCGACGGAUUCCCUAUAUUAUAAAGAAGACGAAGAAGAAGAAGAAGAAGUAAAGAUUUAUAAAUCUCACUCUAAACCCUAACCCUAAUCCCAACCCUUCACUUGGCUUCCACCCACUAAGAUAGAUAUCGUUGUGAAAAAAGGAAAAAUGAACGAGAGUGAUAAUUUCUCCUCACUUUCAGAUCCUACUGCUGUAACUAUAUAUGAUGAAACCCUAAUAAAUUGUGAGGUCUAUGACGAGAGUAGGGAAGAUGACGUUGGAGAGGUAAUGGUGGAAAUUGUAGGUACUGAAUUGCUGAUUAAUGGAGUUAGUAAUGAAGAUGGAUCGUGGAAUUGGGAGACCGAGGAUGGGGGGGAUGAAUAUAAAUAUUCCAUGGAGGAUAUUCUCGAACCAAUAAACAUGAUUGAACACUACUUAGAAGAAGAAGAAGAAGAAGAAGAAGGUGAAAGCAAAAUCAAUUUGAAAAUUGAAAAAACCGAUUCGAAUCCUAUGGAUUCUUCAUCCGCAUCGGAGAUAUUAUCGCUACUUCACCUUGUGGCGGUAGAACCUAAUAAAGGAGGAUAUGACUUCUUAAGUUCCAUUGCUACUUUCUUCUCUGGUUUUCGCAAUUCAAUUUCAGUUCAUUUUCCUAGAAGACAGAGUACAUGUACUGGUAAAAGAAAGAGAAAAACAUGUAAUACUGCAAAGAGUUCUCCUGAAGUAUCUGAAUAUGAUGAAGUAAUCAACUCUUACAGGGAUGAAAGAAGCUUUGAAAACUGUUCUGAUGAGCUACUAUCAGCAGGCAGGUGCGUUGUUACUAACGAUGAUUGGAGGAGGGUAGAAAAUGGACCAACAGAACUGGUAUUGAAUUUCUGUCAAGGUAAUAUGGUCCCUGUGGAAUCGAGUUUAAAUAAAAUGUUUAAGAGAUUCGGUCCGCUAAAAGAACUGGAAACUGAAGUUGAUAGAGAGAGGUGGCGAGCGAGAGUUGUGUUUAAGAGGUGGUCUGAUGCAGAAGUUGCAUUCAGUAGUGCUGGAGCAUUUAACAUUUUUGGGCCAGUGAUGGUCAACUAUCAGCUCAAUUACGCACCGACAACUCCCUUUCAAAGCCUUCCCUUUGCGUACUUAGAGGGGUAAGACCCUUUGCGUACUUAGAGGGGUAAGACGAUGCAACUUUGUUUGAGUGAUGACUGUUAGUACUUCUAAAGAAUGAAGAUUAACACGAAGGAAGAGAGUCUAGGCUAUAGGAGGAUUUUUUGUAAUUUCAUUUUCAAUGAUCAUUGCGGCUUUAGUUUUAUUUUUAUUAUUUUAACAAGCAAAUACAAACACAGGAAGACCAACUUUUUUGAAUUUGAGAAAUCAUUUGAUAUAUUUUUGAUAGCGU